AUGGCCAACCUUCCUGAAGAUAGACUUACCCCAGGACCUCCAUUCACAUACGUUGGUGUGGAUACCUUCGGACCAUGGCCAGUUAUGACACGGCGUACCAGAGGAGAGGUUGCAGAGAGCAAACGAUGGGCCAUCAUAUUUGUUUGCUUAGUCACCAGAGCAUCUCAUAUAGAAGUGAUCGAGGACAUGAGUAGCUCAGCCUUUAUUAACGCUCUACGACGAUUCAUCUCUGUACGGGGACCUGUGAAAGAAUUUCGAUCUGAUCGCGGAACCAAUUUUGUUGAUGCUUUGAAGGACAUUAAAGCUGAUGCAAUCUGUGUUGAAGACCCACCCGUAAAAGCAUUUCUCAAGGAUAAGGAAGUCGCCUGGAUCUUGAACACCCCACACGCUUCGCACAAGGGAGGAUGUUAA